CCCUGUUUGGAUCAUUGGUUUCUGCAGAGGCUCCCUGAAGCUCCUCCAGCCUUGCUGUGCGCCACGACUCACUGAGUUGGGCCUUGUUCCUCCACUUUGGCUGCUGUUACUUCCCUCAAUUUUGUUUUGAGAUUCAGAGUCCCGUACUGCUCAGUGAUCGUUAUCAUGGCUGAGGAAGAUAGGCCGCAAACACCACCCUCGCCUUCUGCCGAAGAGCGCCUCCUACUGGCUGUGCCUAAGAAGGGUCGGCUGUACGAGCGCGUUCUAAGCAUCCUCAAGGGCGCCGGCCUCAACUAUGUCCGUGCCGCUCGGCUCGACGUGGCUCCCUGCACCAACAUGCCCGUCACCGUUGUGUUCCUUCCCGCCGCCGACAUUGCCAAGUAUGUGUCCGAGGGUAACGUCGAUCUCGGCAUCACGGGCGAGGAUAUUAUUGCCGAAUCCCAAGCUCAGGUGGUAGAGCUGAUGAAACUAGGUAUGGGCAAAUGCAAGCUCUGCUUUCAGGCUCCCAAGGGCACGGUCUCCUCUCCCAAGGAGCUCGUGGGCAAGCGCAUCGUUACCUCCUUCCCCAACAUCACCAAGACCUUUUUUGAUAGCAUCGACCCAAGCCACAAGACCAGCAUCAAAUAUGUGACAGGCUCCGUUGAGGUUGCGCCCUCGUUGGGCCUGGCUGACGCCGUGGUUGACUUGGUCGAGACGGGCACGACCAUGCGCGCCGCCGGUCUCGAGGCCGUGGGUACCAUCAUGGAGACGCAGUCCGUCCUCAUUUCCAACCCUCACACCAAGCACAGCGACCUGAUCCGCCUCAUCUAUGAGCGCAUCCAGGGCUACAUCACCGCCACCCGCCACUGCAUGGUCAGCUACAAUUGCCCCAAGGACAAGAUUGAGCUCGCCACUGCCAUCACCCCGGGUCACGACUCGCCCACCAUCAUGCCACUGUUGGACCAAGGCAUGGUCUCCAUUACCGCCAUGACUCGGACAACGGAGGUCGCCAGCGUCAUGGACCAGCUCAAACAAAUUGGUGCUGUCAGCAUAGUCGUUUUCGAUCUUAUCAACUGCCGCUUUUAGCUUGAGUUGUCUUGAAUGUCGAGCCAAAAGCUGAUGCUGCGCAUUUUACGUCUUGCUGUGUAAUGCACCAGCACGGCGUUGGGGGAUGAGGGCCGCUUGAUCGCUCUUUGUUUGUGGUUUUGCAGUCAGCAAAGCUUGAUAACUCUGCUUCUUCUUUUAUUGUGUGUUGUGGACGGGGUCAGAAGGGGGCCACAGUGUUGAGGUCGAGAUUUGGGUCUUCUGCAUUUGGGUCGCCUGGUCUCGUAGCCCCGCUUCAUACGCCCCACUCUGGCCGGCAGCUAGUUGAUCAUGUUAUUCUC